AUGACGGAGAAAAAAAUAAGUCUCCCUGCUAAGCUGAUUAAUGGGGGCGUGGCGGGCCUGGUUGGUGUGACAUGUGUAUUUCCUAUUGAUCUGGCCAAAACACGCCUACAGAACCAGCAGGGUGCCCAAGUAUACAAAGGAAUGUGGGAUUGUCUGGCUAAGACAGUACGCUCAGAAGGCUAUUUUGGAUGCUACAGAGGUGCAGCAGUCAACCUCACGCUUGUCACUCCGGAAAAAGCCAUCAAACUGGCAGCUAACGAUGCCUUCAGACAAAAGCUCUCCAGAGAUGGCCAUUUGCCCCUCUGGGGGGAAGUUCUGGCUGGAUGUGGCGCAGGAACAUGCCAGGUAGUGGUUACUACUCCAAUGGAAAUGCUCAAAAUCCAACUCCAAGAUGCAGGGAGGCUGGCUGCCCAGAGGAAAGUCCCGACUGCAGCUCAGGCCACCACUCCUGGUCCAGCUCCAUCAUUAGUGGCACCGCAGCCGUCCCGAACCAGUCCUCCCACGAGAACGUCUGCCACCAGCAUCACAGUGGAGCUGCUGAGGACCCGAGGCCUUGCUGGUCUGUACAGGGGAGCAGGAGCAACCUUAAUGAGGGAUGUCCCUUUCUCAAUGAUCUACUUCCCCUUGUUUGCCAACCUCAACGCACUGGGAAGAGAAAAACAUAGAAGUCCAGGUGACGUACAAGCACGAGCCCCUUUCUGGCAGUCCUUUGUUGCGGGAUGUGCAGCAGGCUCAGUUGCAGCUGUGGCUGUCACACCCCUGGAUGUGAUAAAAACUCGACUGCAGACUUUGCAAAAAGGUGACGGGGAGGACUCCUACAGAGGAAUUAUUGACUGCACACGGCGCAUAAUGAAGCGAGAGGGACCAUCAGCAUUCCUCAAGGGGGCAGCAUGCCGAGCACUGGUGAUUGCGCCCCUUUUUGGCAUUGCUCAAGGUGUCUACUUCCUUGGGGUUGGAGAGGCGGUGCUAGGUUUGGUGGCAUAA